AUGGAGGUAUCGGGAAAACCCCCUAAGCAAAAUGGAUAUGCCGCCGUUGGUUUCUCAAACGAUGAUAGAAUGGGAGAUGACAUGGUUGUGUUCUGCGCAAGACAAGAAGGCAAAGUGAUUGGUGGUUUGGCAAAACUAGGGAAGAAACCAACGGCAGUCAUAUUGGAUAACUCUGGUGUUCAAGAAGUCACGCUUAUAGCUGAUGAAAAUGGAGUGAUAUACUGUGCGAUA